AUGCUCAUAACUCAAAUCACCUCAUUUUUCGAAACUGUCUCAGCUAAAAUUUCUUCGUUUCUUGAACCAGCUAAAAUUUCUUCGUUUCUUAAACCUAUCUCAACUAAAAUCUCCUUAUUUCUUAAACUCAUCUCAACUGUAAUUAUCUUAUUACUUGAAUUAUUGGAGGAGGUUAUUUCACAUGUGAUAUCAUUUUUAAACGAUGAACAUGGAUUUCCUUAUUUACACUGCUUUUUAACUUACUCGUCAUUUAUCUUGACAUGUUUCCUAACCUUUUCACCAUAUGUCCCAGUCUCAUUAUUUAUCAUGCAACCAUAUCUUGUGUUUGCUCGACCAGCUCUCUCAUACAAAGUACAAAAGCAUAACUAUGAUAUCUUUAUUCAACAACGCUUCUUUAUUUUAUUCUUCCUUCUAAGACACGGCAUUCCCCUUUUUGCUGGUAUAUAUUUCAUUGCACAUUAUGAAACACCAAUAUUCUAUGCAUUGGCCGCAAUUUAUGCUCUUUGUUAUCUUCAAAUUGAUAUCUUUAAAAAAUUCAAUCAUGUUCAAUAUUCCAUUCAAAAAAGGCAAGAAGUAAAAGAACGAAGACGAGAUCAGCAGUUAAACGUGAACGAGGAAGUGAAACAAUAUAAUAUCCUUUACUUUUUCCGUUUCGGCUAUUACUAUCUUAUUUCUACUACCACUGAAAUCAGAAAAACUUGUUUUGCCCGGACGUUCGAUGAUUUAUUUGAUGAUAUCGACUUAAAUAGCCUUGAAAAUAAAGGGAUUAAAGAAAAGUUUGCUAAAGAUGACUUGGUCAUUCAACAUGAUCAAACGAAAUUUACUGAAAAACAGUUAAGAUUAAUCGAGUUAGAUGUCGUUGCGGUCUAUCGACAACGAACUGUUUACAUCAGUAAAUCAGCCAGUGAUUCUAUGCCAACAAAUUAUAUUUCAGUUACUCCUUUCUUUAGAUCAACUAAGCAUGAAUGGAAAAGGUUUAGUAAGAGUAAAGAAGCUUCAUUCGAUUAUUAUUGA